CAUUUAUGUCAGACCUUCCAGCAAUUUCCCAUGGACUGAUUUCCCGUUGCCGACCCUGCCUGUCUGGACUUCCCUGCCUUGCCUGUGCCCCGGUCAACGACUCAGCCUUCUGUCCCCGACCCCAAGUUUAGCCUCCGCUUCCUCUGGUUUCCGUCUGCCUGAUCCCCUGCCUGUUUCCCACUGACGUCCCUCUGCUCAGCACUCCGGUCAAGAGGACGCCUGCUGCCAUAUCUAGUGUAUGGGGCAGCAACAUAGCUUACAACACCAAAGCAAGCACAGCAGCUUCCUCCGUGGCUCUCAAGAUGGGCACUGCCAACAAAACCCACAAGUCCAGGUUUGGGGCCGACAGCAGGAUCUGGGAGAGAAGCUUGGGAGAAUCCAGAAGAAGCCAGAGAGAGGUGUUCUCAAUGGAAGAACAACUGUCACAAGGGCGAGCUGCGCAGCAGAGAAGCAGGCCGCAAGGGAUUGCCUGUGUGAGUACAACUACGAGGGCCGGGGCUCUCCUGCUGGCUCAGUGGGCUGCUGCAGCCUCCUGGAGUCUGACAACGACCUGCACUUCCUUGAUGACCUUGGGACCAAGUUCAAGACCCUGGCUAAGAUCUGUUCCCCUCCUAGACCUUCGUCACCUCUGAUACCUCAAUGUACUGUACCCCCAGAUGUGGAUAAAGUUGACCGCAGAGCUGGGCCCCCAUUGGAGACAAAACCACCCAGCAUCCAUGGCAAGAGCCCCGACCAAAAUGUCAGCGUCAGCCAGCCAUCCACCAGUGUCAUGGGCUUAAACAGUACAUCCACCAGUAUCGUGCAUGGGCAAACAACCACCAGUGUCAUAGGCUUUAAUGGAGCUCCCCCCAAUUCAUGUAUUCAUGUAUUAGAAUUCAUUUUCAACAUCAACAGACAAAAUAUCUCCGCAUUUGACAAGCAAAAGAUUUGUAUGUGGCUGUAG